CCACACCAAAUAUAUAUAUAAGUAGCAAACCAAAAGCUUUGCACAUUCUCCAUUUCUCCUAUAUCUCCCAUUCCUAGAAGAAGCAGAAAGCUUGUCAAGUAUCCGAUCGAUUUAUCAACAAGACAAAUACACGAGAGAAAUCGAAUGACUAAUAAUUAGAUGUAGAGAGAGUGUUGGUUUCGUUUUUUUCCUUAUCUGGCUUUUAGUCUAGUACUCUUCUUUUAAUUCGUCUUUCAAUGUUACACUCUCCUCCUUUACUUAUGCUUUGAUAUAACAUAAGUACAUGUUUGUAAACAAUCUGUACAAAAAUAUUAUGUUCUCAUAUCUAGUUCACUUUUUUGUAAACAAGCAAUACUACAUGUUCCUUGCUGUGUAAUCUUGGUCCCUUUUUAGGUUUCGGUUUCUCUAAAUGGCUCAGCAGACUCAGAGACGGCUCUUUUAUCUGCUUCAGAAACCACAAUCAGGUACAUAUAGUUAUAAAAACACAAAGUGAUGGUGUUUAUUUAGAUAAGCUUAGCGAGAAGAUGAAAUAUAUAAGUGGAGCCUCUUGCUUUGGUGAUACGAUCUUAUCCUCUAUAUAAUCCACACGGCCACACCCAUCAAUCCCCUUCUUCAUCUUCCACCACUUGUUUUUUUGUUUGUUUGUUUGUUUUUGAUUUUUCUUUUCUCUAUCCGGUAAAAUUUCAACUUCCGAAAUCAAUAAAUUUCCGUUUAACUAGCUGAAAGAAGGAAUUGAAAUUGUGGGAAUUUCCCUUUGAUAUUUUACUGUUAUCGCCGUAACAUCAAAACAGGAAAGGAUUAAUAUACAAGAAAAUCACAAAGAGUAUGACUUAUCCACCGCGAGAAAUGAUAGAAAAGAAAGAAACUUUUCUAUUCACCUCACCUUUCCCUUUCCUUAUCCAUGAGACCCCCAAAAUCCCGUCGGCCUUCUUUUAAUCAACCAAUCUCUCAAAUACACAUCCACACAUUAUUUAACUAUUUACUCUUCAGAGAUAAUCUUUACAUUAUAGCUAUUUGUACCCUUCUUAGUACUUUGUGCUAUAAGUACCCUUUCUCUUCGUCCCUUCGUCAUCGCCUAUCUCUCUUUUUCCUCUUCCCGUUCCGUUUCCGCACCUGCAUCACCACCAAUCUGGUAUACUGGUAUAGUGCAGAGAGAACUGAGAAGACAUGGGAAACGAAUCAUAUGAAGACGCCAUCGAAGCUCUCAAGAAGCUUAUCAUUGAGAAGGAUGAGCUGAAGACGGUGGCUGCAGCCAAGGUGGAGCAGCUCACGGCGGAGCUUCAGUUAGCCUCGUCAUCGGACAGCAAAUCUUUCGAUCCCGUCGAAAGAAUUAAGCAAGGCUUCGUCACCUUCAAGAAGGAGAAAUACGAUACGAAUCCUGCUUUGUACGGUGAGCUCGCCAAAGGUCAAAGCCCAAAGUUCAUGGUGUUUGCUUGUUCGGACUCACGUGUAUGCCCAUCACACGUGCUAAACUUCAACCCUGGAGAUGCCUUCGUGGUUCGUAACAUUGCCAAUAUGGUUCCUCCGUUUGACAAGGUCAAAUAUGCCGGAGUUGGGGCCGCCGUUGAAUACGCUGUCUUGCACCUUAAGGUGGAGAACAUUGUGGUGAUAGGUCACAGUGCAUGUGGUGGCAUCAAGGGACUUAUGUCAUUUCCUCUUGACGGCAACAACUCAACUGAUUUCAUAGAAGACUGGGUAAAAAUCUGUUUGCCAGCAAAGUCAAAGGUUUUGGCAGAAAAUGAAGGUUCAGCAUUUGAACACCAAUGUGGAAGAUGUGAAAGGGAGGCAGUGAAUGUAUCACUAGCAAACCUAUUGACAUAUCCAUUUGUGAGAGAAGGGGUUGUGAAAGGAACACUUGCAUUGAAGGGAGGCUACUAUGAUUUUGUUAAGGGAGCUUUUGAGCUUUGGGAACUCCAAUUUGGCCUCUCUCCUGCUCGUCCUAUUUAAACCAACAUCAAUCUAUCUUCAUCAUGUGUUACAACUCUUGAUCUCCCAUCUUAAUUACUAUACUAUUGCUAUUUGCAAGUGUAAUGCGCCUUUACUUGAGAUGAUGAGCUUCCUUUUCUACAUUAUCUAUCCGAAUAAUAAGAGGAUUAUCUGAAUCAUAUAGAAAUAAGUUGAUGUUUUAUUUUGUUGUUCUUUUGAAAUAACAAAAUCUUUUUUUAAAAAGCAGGAUAAGAUGUUCGCUUAACGAAAAAUGAAUUUUUUUUUCUUUCUUUUUGUUCGCUAAACGAAAUAUGAUUUAAGCUGCAAAAAUUUGGAAUGAAAAAAAAUACGAUAUUUAAAUAAAAAU